UGUUUGUGUCUUGAAAUUGAAGAGCAGAGCUACAGAACUCCAUGUUGUAACAAAGUUAUCAACAAGAAACUCCCUUUUGUAUUUUUACUUUUUCUUUUAUUUUUUAUAUCUUUUAAACUUUUAGUUGUAUAUAUUUAUGCCAGAAAUUAAAUGUAUAUAACGGAAAACUGGGGGGGUUAUUUUAACUUGUUGUAAAUAUAUCAAUAUAUAUUAGGUAGAAAAACGGUAACAACUUUUAAACUGCAGCUAUAUUGGAAUUACGGAUCUAAUGGACCACCAGUCCACGUCUAUAAUUACGCAAGUUAGCAGAGAUGAAGAGGUGAAUACUCCUCUACGAGAAAAAGGUGUUCAAGCUCAAGCCACCUCCUCAAAGAAGCCUCGAAGUCGAGGAAUUUUCCACAGUCUGUUCUGCUGCUUCUGUCAUGACGAGACUGAUCAAGUUCCUGUCAACAACAAUGCUCCCCUCUUAGUGGAGGAAAAUGGAACAGUCUCAAAAGUCCCAGUAAAGCCUCUACUUCCACAAAUAAAGUCUAAAGAUGUUGGAAAGAUCUGUGUGGUAAUUGACCUGGAUGAAACACUAGUGCACAGUUCAUUCAAGCCAGUGAACAAUGCAGAUUUUAUCAUUCCAGUUGAAAUAGAUGGGACUGUUCAUCAGGUGUAUGUAUUGAAGCGGCCCCAUGUGGAUGAAUUUCUCAAACGAAUGGGAGAGCUGUUUGAGUGUGUGCUGUUCACUGCAAGUUUAGCCAAGUAUGCAGAUCCAGUAGCAGAUUUGCUGGAUAAGUGGGGUGCAUUCCGGAGCCGGCUCUUCCGGGAGUCCUGUGUGUUCCACCGUGGCAACUAUGUUAAAGACCUUAGCCGACUGGGCAGGGACCUCAACAAGAUAAUCAUAGUGGACAACUCUCCUGCCUCCUACAUCUUCCACCCAGACAAUGCUGUGCCUGUAGCCUCCUGGUUCGAUGACAUGUCUGAUACAGAGCUGCUUGAUCUCAUUCCUUUCUUUGAGAGACUGAGUAAGGUGGAGGAUGUCUACACAGUACUCAAGCAACAGAGGACUAUAAGCUAAUGGAAUCGCAAGGCUUCACAAGACAGGGCCAGUGGCUGGUGGGCACAGGCUCUACAGUGCUGCUGACAAGCUGAGUGGUUACUGCCCUUUUCUUCAUGACCUACCCACAAUUCCAUUCACAGGAACACAUGGCAGAAAUGAGCUGGUAGCAGCAAAGCAGUUGCCCUUUUGGAAGAAGAAUGGAGCUGCAAAGCACUUCUUAAAAAUGUAUAGAACAUUUUAACACUUGAAUAUGUGUUAUUCUUUUAUUUUUGUUUGCAAUUUUGAGACAAGGUUGAGGGAUGGGUCCCUGCCAUGUUUGUUAAAGGACCAGUGGUGAUCCCUUUGAAACAAUGAAAAGUAGGUCCCUUUUUUAUAUUUUAUGAUUAAAAUAUUUUUUACAUGGAGAAAUGUAUAUUAUGUUCCCAGGGCCUGUAUUGUGGGAUAUGUCCCAUUUAUCAUUCCCAGUCUUCAUUGAAUAAUUUCUGUAUACACAUAAAAGCAUGUAUGGUGCAGUAUUUGGGGUAAGGGUAAAAGACCCUUAAAAAGGCAAUCGUGCAGAUGUAGCUCUAGGUGUUUUUCUUUUUACCCCUUGUGGUGUAAUAAAAAAAGAGAGGCAAUAUCACAGUAUUGAAAUGCCGUAAUAUAAUCACAUCAAGCAUACACUAUAUACAGUAGAAUUAUAUGCCAAAGCAUCCUAGUAUUUUCACACUAUUUUGACUGCCUUUUCUACAGUGAACCAAGUUUAAGUAAAGAUAGUCCUUAACUUAAAAGCAUUGUGACAUCAUUGCAUUUAAUGGUAGGGAUUCUGAUAAUGCUAAAGUAUUAUAAGUGGAAGCUUAUCCAUGAUGUAUUGUAGCAUAUUUUAAAAAAAUGUCUACUUGCCUUAACCACGUUUUUCAGUUCUAUGGAAUUACUAAAUCACCACAAUGCCUAAUUACAGUAUGUUCCCUUUUUAACACAUUGUCUUUAAGAUCUUUAAUAUGUGAUUAGGUAAUGUCUCAUAUUGGCAGCACUGGAGAAUAGUAACCUUGAUCCAAAGAGGAGAGAUGCAUAUUGCAGAACCUCAACCUCAAGCUUUCUCUGGGAGGAGCAUCACUGGAUGCAGAGGAGAUUCCAGCUUAUGUUCUUUCCCCUUAAGUUCUGUCUAACAGAGAAGCUAGAAAGUGCCAAUGUGGGUAUUGUGAAUUUUGUUUUCUACAGACUGCAAUAUUAAAGCUGGACAUGCUGUCCAGCUGGUUGUUGUUUUCUUCAUCUGUUUAAUUUUUCUUUUUUUUUUAACAGAAAAAACAUUAAAAACUGCCUUCACAUUCUGUUUCUUAUUAUCUUAGUACUGUGGUCCAGAAAAAAUACCAGACAAACUUAAAAAGCAGUGUGUAUGAAAAUGACAUUUGGUUUUUAUAAGCACAAUAUUUUCUAAUUUUCUCCAGAACUUGAAUUUGUCUGCAACAUUUUGGUAAGCUUGUCAUUAGUGUCAUUUAUGUCAGUUCCAUAGUAGAUUAUACAAGGAAAAAACCCCUAGAAAUGUACGUUUUUCUUUCUGUUGUAGGCAAUUAAUAUGAUCAUGGAAGUAUUUUUGAAACUUUGAAAUGAAUUGGAGCAGUGAUCUCUGGAUACUUAACCAUCCACCCGUUUUAUAACCAUUUCCCCCAGUCAGGGUCAAAUGUUGCUCUCCUAGCAAGCAGUGGGCACAAGGCAGGGUACACCAGGCCAUAACAGGGCACACAUACUGUACACACAUACGCAUAUAAAUUUUUUUAGGGCCAAUUUUCCCUAAAGCCAAUUACGUUACCAGUAUUUUUUUGGAUUGGGAAAGAAACCACACGAAUAAGCUCCAUGCCAAUUGCACCCCGGGAAUUGAACCUGUUGCCCUCAGCUCUGCGAGGCACCAGUACUAACCACUGCACCACUAUGCGGCCCACCUACUUAACCAUGUUUUAAAAAGUCAUACCUACAUGCUAGUGUUAACAGUAACAGUUGUUAUUGGAGCAUUAUAUGUAUAAAGAAACCCAGUAACUUCACUUGUUUAAGAUCUAGAAUUAUGCAGUCUCAGUUUAAACCAGAUCACACCUUUCAUUCUCAAGAAUUGCAUCAUUACCACUUAAGUGAAGUCAGAGUUCAAUUUCACCUUCCCUCUUUCUCUGUCCUGGCCAGCUUUAAUUGUGAACCUCUUUUAUUUUCUUAUAGAAUUUUUAAAAGUAAGUGAUAUUUCCAAACAGGUAUUUGCAAUACAGGAAAGGGCAGCAUAUAGAUGCAUUCCAUUUAAAGAAUGUUCUACAGUCUGUGUAUGCAGAUGUUUUACAUGAGCUUCCAUUUGUAAUGUUUUUAUGGAUGUGAGAACAGCCUUCUGCGCAGUAUACAGUAUCUUGUUCAGGAAUUGAACAGGAUAAAGCAGACACUUCACUAAAAAUCCCAGUAAAUCAGAAAGAAGGCUAAUGUUGGGCACAAAAGAUGGUACAUUUUGUUGGAAACUACACCUUGUACUGUACAUUUAAGACAAUCCUAAUUAAGGUGAGGUAUGGUGCAUUAGCUUUUAGUGAUACGAUUUUGAGUUUUUUUUAUGAGAAAUUGUAGUCUUUAUAACCAGUCAGUACAGCUUCAUGACUGUCAGAAACAAGAUGUUUUUGAAGCUAGUAAAUUUGUGUCUUUUUAUUUGUGUAAAUGUCUACAUAUACUGUAGAUGGACUUUCAAACCUAAGCCCAAAUGUUAUUUUUUUCAGUUCAUAUAUUAAAAAAUAACUUUAAAUAAUGUGUUUGUGUUACUCUUGUCAUGCCAUUUAACUAAUAUACAAGCAUAACUAUGUAGUGUAUGUUUGUGAAACUAAAAAUGACUAUAUAUGGUAAGGCUGCCCAUAGUAUAUGUAACUGUUAUUUUCAAUAUUAUACUCUUUUUGUACAAACAACAAGCAUACCUACCAUACACUCUGGUUAAUCAUUCCCAAAAAGUCAUUUUUUAUAUAUGUUGGGAAUGCAAUGUCAUUUUCAUCUCUAUUGCUCUUUAAGGAACAGUACUGGGAUCUUAAUCAUCAAGAGUAAUUGAGAAAACCUUGUACCAGGGGGAUGUUCUACCACAAAAAUAGAUUGGCAACAAAGAAGAAAUAAACUGUCAGUAUUAAUUCCCACAUUCAGUACUCUAACUUAAAUCUCUGCAGAUUACUUUUUUCUGAAACAUUCUUUCUCUUAAGCAGUUUUAUAAACGUGGUUUCUUAAUAACAGGUUGAUGAGUGAUAGUGCCCAAGACAUAUUGGAAAUGAAUCCUUAAAAAUAUGCAUCUUGACAGAAAGUUCAUUUGUGUAAAGUGGAAACUAUUUUUUUAAAAUAGUGGUUCAGAAUAAGGACUCCCCGUUGUACUUGGUCACCAAAGGAGAAACAGAUACUGUGGUUGAGUUUAAUUAUGUGGCUUACUGCCUUUUACUGUAUUUUCAUUGUAAUGAAACAUGCAGAUACAGGUGCAGUAUAUGAACAUCUUUGGUAAUUACACAGUAAUACAGCAGACAAUUGGCAUUAAUAUAUGGUAUAAUAUACUUGUGAUCUGGGAACACUGAGUUUAAAUUAAAACAAUUGUAACCUAGUUGUGAAAGUAUUUUUAUUAAAAUUAUUAAAUGUAUUUUACUGUAUGGAACAUGAAUUAUCUCAUAAAUGAUAUCAUACAAUCUUAA